UUCGUGUACGACCAUACGACAAUGGCGGACGCGAUAGAUCUUCCCGGCGCUUCACCCAGCCAAAAAAUGUCGUCGAAACUUUUAAGACAAAAGGCACAGGAAUUUCUAACGUCUAGGAAACACGCGAACAAUUUAGUAGAUAUAAUUUCUCAGUGGGACGAAUCUACCUUGUCCUGCCUUCUCACGAUAGAAACGAUAUUCGUCGAGGUUCUAAGGAGAGGCGACAUGUAUUUAGAACGUACGAUAUCCCUUACCAUUUCAGAGCCAAGCCCCGAAGCGAGAUACAUCGAGUGGUUGAGAAACUGUUACGAGGAGGUGUGGGAGAAAAUAUUGGAUUCGAUGGAGAAGUACAGACCUGCCGUGAAACAGCAAGCCCUGACUACCGCCAUAAAGCUUAUGGCCGAAGAAGGUAGAAAUCCGUUGGAACCGAUCGGGAAUGUGGGAUACUAUUUUCCUCUUCAUCGAUUAAAACCUAUGUUGAUGAAGCUGCUGUCGCCGGAGGAGGACAAUACUAAUUUAAUAUCUAGAUUUCAAGAGGUUACAGAGUACCCCGACGCUCUUUAUUAUACGUGGAAAUGUCUUCCAUCCCUUACCCCGAAGAGACAACCGCACGAAAUUUAUAUUCAGAAUCUGCUCGAACUCAUACACAAAUUGUCACUGCCAAAGGAAAUCGAAGAAAGUAAAAUGUCUGAGAAUAAGAAUUUAUUGUGUAAGCCGCAUCAAGCUACCAAAAGUUUUGUAUGGGAUCAAGCUGGAGCGAGACGCGCAUUGAAUAAAGUCUGGGCUUGCGUCAUGCAUUGGGAAUUGACGCCGCAGUCGCACAAAAAACUGUUAAUAGUUCUUUUAGAAAGAGUUAUGCCGCACUUAGAAAAGCCCGUUUUACUAACAGAUUUUCUUAUGGAUUCCUUGGAUGCUGAUGGGCCGAUCGGCUUACUCGCAUUACAGGGUGUGUUUUUACUAGUUACUAAACACAACCUGGAAUAUCCUAAUAUCUUUACCAAACUUUAUUCUAUGUUUGAACCAGAAAUAUUUCACACAAAGUACAAACCACGCUUGUUUUAUUUGUCCGAUCUUUUCCUCAGUUCAACGCACUUACCGGAAGCGUUAGUUGCGGCUUUUGCAAAAAGGCUCGCACGUUUGACCCUCGUAGCACCGCCCGAAGAUAUUCUUAUCAUCUUGCUUUUCGUUGGAAACCUCCUGCUCAGGCAUCCGGGCCUGAAACGUCUCAUUGAUCGUCCGCAAGGAGGAGAGACGGAGCAAAAUAACGGUGCCGGGGACCCGUUCUUAAUGGAAGAACGAGACCCUUUGUCGAGCAAUGCUCUCCUCAGUAGCCUUUGGGAGAUCAAGGCCUUACAAUGGCACAUAAUGCCGAGUAUUGCUAGCACCGCCCGUUUUAUUCGUGAACCCCUCCCUUCGGUAGAAUACGACAUGGCAUCGGCGUUGGAACGUACAGGAGGACAUUUAUUCGACAGUGAAUUAAAGAACAAGGUGAAAGAUAUUAUGUUGACGUUCGAGAGACCUAACUCGAUGAUGUUACCGAAGGGUGAAAGAUUGUUACAAUAUUGGCAACUGACGACGACGAUGCACUGACUGGAGAUGUUGAAAUUAUACGUUACACGAGCAUGUCGUGCAGUAUGCAUUGUCAUCGCAAAAGUACGAAGGAGUUGUUUCUUUUUCUCCCCCCGACAAGAAAAACGCGAACGGAACGAUCCGAAGAUUCUGCGUUUUUUACACGUUUAGAAAAGAAGAAGAUAGUAUGGAAGUAUUGCAUACUUUUGUAUUAUUUUAAAUCUAAAAUUAAUCGCAACGGAAUUGAUUCAGUACAGAAUUUCACGAGCAACAUGUAGAUAUGUAUUUUGUAGACUCUUCAAUCGUGCAACCUGUCUAGCCGUAGUAGAUACCGAUACUUGUGAAUGCUACCGAUUCUGUUAAACAAAGUCAUUUGUAUGCAUGGAUGUGUGAUAUAAUAAAGUGAAACAUAUUUUAAUUUAA